UUCGGCAAUGCUCUUCAGCAAGAUAUGUGAAAAAAUAUGGGUUACUUUAAUAAGGUGUAGUAAUAUACCAAUCAUUUGAUCGCACAAUGCUCUGAUUAAGAAUAUCAACUAACUAAUUAUUAAACUAGGAUAGAAGAGGGGGAAAAAGGAUAUCUGAAAAUGAAUAUUCACAGAAUACUUUUGAAUAUCAAAGAGGAUGGCCCUGAAAUUAAAGCAGUGGAAGAAGUGACCACUCCUGCACUGAUAGGAAUAUGCCUUGGCAGCGCCGUAUUCCUGGUUACAAUCGCGGCGGUCACUUGCUUUUGCUACCGGCGAAGAUCAUCAACAGGAUCUUCACAGAAGCUCACAUCAGUGCUAAAAAAGAGUCAUCAUUCCGACAAGCCUCUUGUCCUUCGAAAACCUACUGCGGUGAAGAGUCCCAGCAGCGGAUCGGUUGGUGGGCCUGUCCUCAUGAAGAAGAGUCCUAGCCCUACACUGCAGAAAAUUUCUCCUCCAGGUGGAAGCACGAGAACCUCCCCUACGAAUGCUAACAGUGGACAUCGAUCCCCGACAAGUUUAGAUAAAGCAAGGAUUGGUUCUAAUCACUCAUCGAGGCAGAAUUCACCCAACAUUGAGGAUAAAAACUACAUUGAAAGAGAGAACGAGAAGUUGAAAAAUAACAAGAAAGAGGAAGUAGUGGAUGAUAAUAAAGAGAAGGAAGUGUUAGUUGAAAAGCCAUGCAAACUGGGACAAUUACAUUUUAGGUUGAAAUAUAAUGCUGAGAAACUCUCACUUCAAGUAACUAUUGUGAGAUGCAGUGAUUUACCAGCGAAAGAUUCUAAUAAUGGUUCUUCUGAUCCUUAUGUCAAACUGCAAUUGCUACCUGAAAAGCAGCACAAGGUCAAGACCAGAGUUCUGCGGAAGACUCUGGACCCUGUCUACGAUGAGGACUUCACUUUCUACGGCAUCAACCCGAAUCAGCUUCAGGCAACUACACUUCAUUUUGUAGUACUCAGCUUCGACAGAUACUCUAGGGAUGAUGUAAUAGGGGAAGUGAUUUGUCCUCUCUCAGGAGUAGAUUUCGAGGGAUUAGCAAAACAAUUGGAAAUGGCGAGAGAAAUAACACCGAGGAAUUUGAAG